UGUCAGAACUUUGCUUGCAAAUAAAUACUGGAGUUAUGCACAAUCAGGUCUUCCUCCCCAAUCCAAAUUUUUGUGAUUCAGCAUCAUUAUUCACUUUGGUUCUUAAAUUUUUUUUCCCCUUCACUUUGACUCUUCAUGUUUCAAUUUUUUUCUAAUUUACUUUAAAAGUUAACUUGUGUACAAAAUUAGACAGAAAAUAACACAUUAACAGCACAUGAUAUAAAAAUAUUUUAUUAUAUAUAACUCACACAUCUAACACAAAAUUAGUAUGGGAUUGGUAAUUUCAUGGAAGUAUGAAUUCCUUCAAUGGUAGGAUUAGUAUUUCCAUGGAGAGAGUUGGGAUUGCUAAUCCAGUCACAGGAGUUGAUGUUUAAAAGACCUCUUUACCCUCUAUUUUAUAAAAUAAUAAGUUUACAUUUUUAUAUGGUAAGAGUAUUUAGGUAAUUUUAUAAAUUUUAAUCUCAACUAAUUAAUACUACAUAUUAGUGUACAACUAAAUUCAUUUUAUUUUAUAUGUCUAAUUUAAUAUUAUCAUACUAAUAAUUUUUUAUUUAAUUUUACAAUAUUCAUAAUUACAUCUAAUCUAAUCUAAUCUGUCAGACGAACGAGACAAAAAAGGAAAGACAGUGUAAUAUAUCGAAAAUGGAUUAUUGCAUAGCAAUUAAUAACCCCAUAACGGUGAAGGAGCAUAAAAGGAGCAAAGAAGGCGGACGUGAGUGGCACUAAAUUCAACAGAAUAGAGUGGGAACGGACGGUCCAGAGAAGAUCGUGCUUGAUUACUGAUGAUCAGCUCAUUUUGCCUCUCUUCACGCUCUCUCUUUUAUAUUCCUUUCAAAAAAACUGAAAAAACCAAACUCACUCUCAACACCACCAGCAGCAGCAGCAGACCACAAACCACCGGGAGAAGCAGAGUGAUAGUUUUAUAGAGAGAGAGAGAGAGAGAGAGAGAAUGUCGUGGCAAACUUACGUGGACGAGCAUUUGAUGUGUGAUAUCGACGGCCAAGGCCAACACCUCUCCUCCGCCGCCAUCCUCGGCCACGACGGUAGCAUCUGGGCUCAGAGCUCUUCUUUUCCUCAGUUGAAGCCUCAGGAGAUCACUGGUAUCAUGAAUGAUUUUGCUGAACCAGGACACCUAGCCCCUACGGGGUUACACCUAGCGGGCACAAAGUACAUGGUUAUCCAAGGAGAGCCUGGGGCUGUCAUCCGUGGAAAGAAGGGAUCAGGAGGAGUGACUAUCAAGAAGACAGGGCAAGCUCUGGUGUUUGGAAUUUAUGAGGAACCUGUAACUCCUGGACAGUGCAACAUGGUUGUUGAGAGGCUUGGAGAUUACCUCACUGAUCAGGGCCUGUAGCCUUUUGGCCUCGGUCAUGUCAUAAUCCUAGUGCAUCUUAUCAUACACUUUAUUUCCUCUUAUUUUUUCUAUUUUUUUUGGGUUCCAGACAAUAACUGUGAGGACAUAAACAGUUGUUUGGUGGUUUGAGGUUCUUCAAAUUUGCGUUGCCUUCAUCUAUUCAUGAUUUUUGUGUGUAUUUCACCGCCAUGUGUGUGGUGUCUUUCUAUCAGUUCUGAAGUUUUUUUCUUCUGGAUGUCAUGUAAGCUAUCCUGGUUGAGGACUUACUUCAUUAUGAAUUGUCAUGUCUAGUUUUUGCCGAAUAACAUCCAAAUAGUUUCGAGUAUAAAGACAUGGAAGUUGCGAGACUAUUUUGAUGUUGCUGGUUUUACAGCUCCACCCAAUCAUAAAAUGGAAG